GCCUAUGUGCUAUGGAGGAGGUUGUCGAUCGAUGGAACUUCAGCGCAGAAGGUGGAAAUGCUUUUCCAGUCGAAUCGGUCAGUGUUAAACACGACGUAGUGAAACACCCUUCGGUUGUUUUUAUUUUCGAUCCCUUACCAGCUUUUGUGUGAGUGAAUUGGUAAUAAGGUAACAAUGAAAUAGCGCCAUUAUAGCUUCUUAGCUUUAUUUUUAUAAUCGAACACGAGUAAGAUUCGUAUAAAGGAAUUGGAAUUUAUUGGUUCUAUACGAAAUUACUUAUUUCAAUUUAGUUUAUCGAAUACGCAAAUUUUAUUUGCGUGCGAUGAUGGUUUUGGAAGUACUUGGUCUAAUAAAGAAAAUUUUGGGAAAGAAAUUGAUUUAAUUUUCAACUUUUAGCUCCGUACACGUUUCCCAAUAAGUUCUAAACCGUCAAGGUCCUCGAAAUAGCCAUUAACUGUCACCAUUUUUGGAAAAUCGUUUAGGGAACAAAAGAUAAUUCGAGGGUGCUAAAUCUGGCGAAUAGUGUGCUUGAGGUAGCAAUGAAAAUUCCCGAAAAACUUCGCCUGCAGAUGGAGCGGUUUUCGGCUUCUUUGGAGCCGGACCAUUGCUUUGAUUGCUCCAUAGUAUGUCUGCUAGUUCAUGCACUAAAUCGACGAUCAUCCAGUACCCCAUUUGUUUCUGGAUCAGACCUGGCACUUCUUGUACCAUCCUCGUACUAAAACUAAAGUUUUGUCAUUCAAAAUGAACUGCGAUGGCUUUUAAACGUCCAGAAUUCGAAAAUUCCAAGUCUUUCCAGUUAAUUAAUAUAAAAUUUUACAAGGUCAUCAUUUUCAGUAUAAUAUUUGAAUAUUUUAGAUUCUUGGAGUUGAAAUAUGUGUCACAACGAAAGCACUGAUAUAUCGUGCGACGUUUUAUCUAAUACUCAAUCUUUAGAGUUAUUUAAACUUUCACUUGCUUGGUAACUUUGAAAUUAACGAGCAGUAAGUUUAGAGUGAAGAAAGUACAACUAAUCGCUAUACAUGAUCAAGUUUACGUUCGUCAGAUGAGGUCCCUUUUUGUUAAAUCGGUCCUGAUACUUCGGUAUUAAAUCUCAUCGACCACAAAACAACGUCCACCCAUUUUUCGACCAAGUUUCGAUGUCAUUGAAGUUUCCAGGCCGAUUCGUGGUACGAGAAAGAAAUUUUUUCGAUUGUUUCAAAUCCAAAAAUCUUUAAUUCAUGACUUUGAUUUCUUCGAUGCAGUCCCGGGGCUCUGUUAUCUCACAAACUAUCCAAACGCCCUUUGAUUUUCAAAAAUAAGACAUCUCGAUGAGGAUGGCGUAAGAAAAAAAGUUAAACGGUUAAUUUGGACCCAGAACCGAAAGCCUGUAAUUCCCCGUUUACUUUCCUAGAUGUGCAGUGUUGUCAAAUUGUAUAAAAUCAUAGAUUCGGUAAAAACUAGCUCGACUGUUACAAGUCUAGUAGACAAUUAAUAAAAUUGAAGAAACAUAGAUCAAGUUUACGUUCGUCAGAUGAGGUCCCUUUUUGUUAAAUCGGUCCUGAUACUUCGGUAUUAAAUCUCAUCGACCACAAAACAACGUCCACCCAUUUUUCGACCACGUUUCGAUGUCAUUGAAGUUUCCAGGCCGAUUCGUGGUACGAGAAAGAAAUUUUUUCGAUUGUUUCAAAUCCAAAAAUCUUUAUUUCAUGUCUCUGAUUUCUUCUAGUUUUCCCGUUUCUUUAUUACCGUGACUUGAUGGCUUUCUGGUUAAUCUUUGUUGUUUAGUUCCAUCGAUUUUGAAGAUUCGAUGCAGUCCCCUAUCUCACAAAGUAUCCAAACGCCGUUAGAUUUUCAAAAAUAAGUUAAACGGUUAAUUUGGACCCAGAACCGAAAGCCUGUAACCCCCCGAAACUAUUUUUUCUAUUAAAAUCGAAGAAACGUAGAAUUUGUUGAAGUGGAGCGUUUGCCAAGUGCUGCAAUAGAUGAAAUUACUUCUUUAGCUUAAAUCUGAACGUGGUAACGAUAAAAACUGUUGUAUAUCUAUGAAAGGGGACUUAUUAACUUACUUUACUUUAAAUAUACGACAUGCAUAAAAGCCUCACGCUUCUGGUAGAUCAUAUCACGUGAUAUAAAGCACAGUUUUAUACAUUUAGUUAAUUGGUACAAAGAAAAAGUUGUAGUAGACGGUAGAGCACUAGUUUUGUUAUAAAAAAUAUGUAAAAAAAAAUAAUUUUUGUUAUUGUUAGAUAAUGUCAGAACAGCCUCUACCCAACGGCCCUACAACUGACAUAAAUUCGUCAAAAAAUGAAGUUAGAGAAAUGCCAAAAUCGCAACAAAAAGGCCAAGGAUCCCCGCCGAUCCAACCGCCAGGUCCCCCGAUAAACACACAACGCCCCCUAUACAGAAUCGAUAGCAAAAGCAACUUUCCUUACCGACCGCCGUUUCCCAAUCAACCCCAACAACAAUUCCUUCCGCCAAGAACACCGAUACAACGACCUCCGGGAUCUCAGCAGAUUCCUCAAGGUCAAACUUUUGCGACGAAUCAACCGAGACCCAACUUCAGACCAAACUUCUCUCCGUUUCCCCGACGACCUCCCGGUAUAUUUCAACAACGUUCCGUACCGGGAUUUGGUAACGUUAGACCGUUCGUACCGGAAGGAGGUAUAGUUAGAUCUCAAACUCUGGAUCCGACAGAGAUUGAUCGAUCUAAAAAUGACGAUAACAAAAUUAAUAAUCCGCCGAGGGAUUUUAUCAAGCCGCCCUCCAUAGCCGCCAUGAACAACAGGAGUUACAGUUUGAGUUCGAACCCGCCGGAAACGACGGCGGAAUCUAAAGAAGAAACUAGGAGGAAAUCGGUCAGCAGCGUGGAAAGUUACGGAGAAGGUAGACCGUCUUCUAGACAAAGCUCCGAUUCCAAUGAAAAUUUAGAGGAAGUUCCUUCCAGGCCGGAAUCUAGAUCCACCUCGAGGAUGAAUAAGAUCGUGGAAGAUGAAGAUAAAUCGCAGAGCUCCUUGACGGAGGUAUCGCAAAAAAGCGUCGAUAUCAGCCCUAACGGUAGCUCUAAAUCUCCGAUAAAUAAAACAGAAGAAAGUACGACACCAAGUCGAGCAUUUAUACAGGAAAAUAUCAACGAAGCACCACCUUCCGUAAAGCAAGAAAAACGUUUGGACUUGGAGGAAGCUAAAUCGACAACUAAAGAAGGUGAUAACGAUAGUGGAGUGGAUGAGUCUACACAAGGAAACGACCAAGCUGCUAACGGCGACGGCAGAUCGGCCAGAAAAAGUUCGAAAUCGAGGACGUCGACGUCUACGCCAGUAGCUAGAUCUUUGUCAAGAGGAUCCAAGUCACCCAGCUUGAAAAGUCCAGAUUCAAAUGCUACUACACCAGGUUCAACUAGCGAAAAGAAAAAACUUCCUAUGAACAAAAUUCAAGUGGGUAAUGCGCCGUCCCCUAAUUUGAAAGUCGUCAAAUCCAAAAUCGGUUCGUUGGAGAAUGCGAACUACAAACCUGGAGGCGGUAACGUCAAAAUAGAAAAUAAAAAAAUAGAAUUCAAAGUUGCGCCAAGAAUAGAAGCCAAAAAUGAAAAAUACACACCCAGAAGUGGGGAGAAGAAGAUAGUACAUCAAAAAUUACAAUGGAACGCGAAAUCCAAAAUAGGUUCGUUAGAAAACGCUACGCACAAACCCAAAGGAGGCGACAAAAAGAUAGAAUCGAUAAAGUUGGAUUUUAAAGAAAAAGCAAAACCGAAAGUUGGAUCCAAAGAUAACAUUAAACAUCAACCCGGAGGUGGAGAUAUAAAGAUUGAGAACCGGAAAAUAGAAAUCAAAGCCGGUAGCAAAAUUGGUUCUCUUGACAACGUCAAAUAUAAACCAGGUGGUGGUGAUAAGAAAAUAUUUGAUGAUAAGGAUUAUUUGAGGCAAAUGUCAGGUGUAUCUAGUAUGGAACAUUCUCUGUCAACAUCUCAGGUUCCAGAAUAUCUUUAUACAUUCUAUUGAUAUUAAUAUCAUCAUUUUCAUCUUCUAAGAAUUCGAUACCUUCACAGCCAGACAAAGCACCAGUUGCAGAUGAAAAUUUGAAUCAAGAACAUUAAUUUAUCGUAAAAGUUUUGUUUAUAAUUUUAUACGGAGGUCGUUGUUUGUAAUAAUAUAGAGACGUGUUAAGAUGAAUAUUGAAAAAAAAAAUAAUUUUGUCACUGAAACUAAAGUUUUAGAUGCACUUUUGGAAUAACCAUAAAAGGAAUAAUGUAAAUUUAAAAUUAACCAUAGUUUACACUAAUAUUUAUUCACUAAAUAGAACAGAAAUCGAUGUUUUGCUCCUCUUGAAACAUUUUUUUUAUAUAUAAAAUAAAUGAACUUUGCAGAUUAAAAUGAAGAAUUUUUGUCCUGUUUUUUGCUGUAAAAUUUUGUAAUUUCUAAUUAUUUUCACAAAGAAACCAUCUAUAGGGCAUCAGAUCAAAUUUUGUGGUCAAAAAUCCCAUUUGCUCUGUUUUUUUUUCAAAUUAAAAGUGUUUUCCUGCUAUAAAAUUGGUUAUUUCCCAAUUUCAGGUAAUACAUCCAAAAGGGAACCAUAAAAAAAUUUCAGGAUAAGGUUAUAAAAUUGCCUAUUUCUUGUUUAUUUAAACUAAUUUCCCUUAAUUUUUCUCCAAAAGAAAACAAUUAAAAAAUUACGAGGCACUGUUAUUAAAAUCCACUUUUUCAUUUUAAUUUUUCAUAUGUUUUGUUAUUUAAGAAUUUUGAAAGUUUAAAAAUGAUUAAAUUUAUACUAAUAGUUGACCGUACACCCUUUACUUUAAGGGCAAAGUUGAUUAAAUCUCAAAAUUCGCUUACUGAAUCUAAUCAAGUACUUAAAUCAUGAUUCUGAUAUAAUUUUAGAUAGUUUCGAGGGGUUAGAACACGUAUGAAUGGUUGCCUACCUAAUCAAAACACAAUUUUAACAAAUGAACGUUAAAAGGGAGCUAAAUUUCUAUUUAUUUAGUGACUAUGGAUAUAAAAAUAUCUUCAUCAUCUAAAUGUAUACAUAAUCACGUAAUCUGGAAUUAGUUUUUUGGUGUUGUGAUAGAUAUGUGACCAAAAAGAAAUUUAACCUUUUUUUCCCAAUUAUAAAACCUGUUGAAAUAAUUUUUAUUUCUAAGGUGGUUUUUAGCAAUAUUGAAUUUACAUAUGAAAAUUCUACACGUCUACACUGAAAAAAUUUUUUAAAAUACAAGUAUCUAAAUGAUUACAAAAAAAAUGUAUUUCACGCUUUAAAAUAAUAUGUCUCAUUUCUAUUUUUUUGAAUUGAGGACUUAAAAAUAAUUGUACGUUUUCUUAGAUCAUUUCUUAUUCCUUUUUUACAUUUCUAAUAAAAACAAUGUAAUAGAGAUUAUUAAUGAUAAAUUAAUAAUAAAGAACUAAUUAACAUAAACGUUUUUUAAUUGAUUUCUAUCUAAUUUCUUGGUUUUUUUUUAUCAAAAAUGUAUAUUGAACAUAAAUAUUUUUACUGGAAGAAUGAAGAAUUAUUCAAGCAAACUACGUAAAAAAUUGUUGGUAAGAAUUGAUCUAAGUAAACUUUUUUCGAAGUAAUUUUUAUUUUAAUAUAUUUGUAAGGCAUUUUUCACAAGUGCUAUUUCCACUAUAUAUUUUCUAUUCCUAUUUUGUAAUUUUUUUGGAAUAUUGUUAAUUUAAAUAAACUUUGCAUAUAUUACAA